UACAGAGAGAGCAAUGACAGCAGAGAAAUGUGGCCCAUAAAGAGCCGCACAAAGCCCUAAACUUUCUCCUCUCUCUUUCAAUUGGUCAGUUUCUUUUACCUUUUGUUUUCAAUAAUCCCAAUUUGGGACAUUUCGGUGAAAUCGGUGGGGAUCGGCACCGAAAAGCUGACUGCUCUGCUUUUUCUUGGAAAGUCUCUGCAUUUCGUUGAAUUCACGACAAAUCCUGAGGGGGUGUGUGUGUGAUUGUCACAUUCUGAUGUUUGAUUUCCAAUCACUGUGCCAUAAACCUGUCGAUUUUUCGUCCAGGCCUCCGUUUCUGUUCUCAAUCUCCUGUAUUUGUCUUCCUUCGGACGUCGUUUUCUUUAUAUGCUGGUUCAAUUGCCUUAGAUUCCGCCUCAAAAUUUGAUAUAUUUUCGUGCUCAACUUUCUAAAACAAGAGGAAGCAAAUUUGUGGGUGUUCUACCGACAAAAUGGCUGGCCGGUAUAGAUUGCUCUCUAUUGAGGAACUGCCCUCACAUUUGAUUCUAGAAAUUUUGACCUCUGGCCGGCUUAGUUCUGCUGAUCUGGUGUGUUUGGAGUUGACUUCCAAGACUUUUGGUGGUGGGAAUUCUUUGUUGUAUCCUCAGAAAUUCAGGUCGUUGGUAGAUUUUGCUGCAUUUCAGCUUUGUGUUGGGCAUGCGAUAUAUGCUGGGAUCGACUUCAAUUUGCAGAGGGAGUUAUUUAAUCGAUGCAAUGGGAACUGGAAGCGGGUUUUGAGGUUCUUGCAGGCUGUGGAGCAAUCAUCUGAUACAGUGGAGACCUCAGCAGGCAAUAUGCAGAUUACAACUGGAAAGUAUCACACAUUGCUGAUCAGCAACUCAUCCGUUUACUCUUGUGGUUCGGGUUUGUGUGGUGUUCUUGGUCAUGGUUCGGAGACAACUCAAUGUGUAACAUUUUCUAGGAUUAAUUUCCCAUCAUCGGCACACGUGGUACAAGUCUCAGCCACUCACAACCAUGCUGCCUUUGUUUUGCAGUCUGGAGAGGUAUUCACAUGUGGAGAUAAUUCAUCAUUCUGUUGUGGGCACAGAGAUACAAGCCACCCAGUAUUCAGGCCUAGGCUUGUUGAAGCAUUGAAAGGAGUUCCUUGCAAGCAGGUUGCUGCAGGCCUUAAUUUUACAGCUUUUCUCACGAGACGGGGCCAUGUCUACACUUGCGGGUCCAACACACAUGGCCAGCUUGGACAUGGCAACACGUUAGAACAACCAACACCAAAUGUUGUUAAACUGCUUGAGGGAGUUGGCUCUGUAGUUCAAAUUGCUGCUGGUCCGAGUUAUGUUCUAGCUGUCAUGAACCGUGGGGUGGUCUACUCUUUUGGUUCUGGCUCUAAUUUCUGUCUUGGCCAUGGGGAGCAGCAUGAUGAAUUGCUUCCCCGUGCAAUCCAGGCAUUCAGGAGAAAGGGUAUUCAUGUGGUUCGUGUCUCUGCUGGUGAUGAGCAUGCAGUGGCACUGGAUUCAAAUGGACUUGUAUACACCUGGGGCAAAGGUUACUGUGGUGCUCUAGGGCAUGGAGAUGAGAUUGAUAAGACUCUUCCAACACUCCUGAACACCCUUAGGAGCCAUGUUGUUGUCCAGGUCUGUGCAAGAAAGAGGAAGACCUUUGUUUUGGUUGAUACAGGUUCAGUUUACGGCUUUGGUUGGAUGGGCUUUGGUAGCCUUGGGUUUACGGACAGAGGAUUAUCAGACAAGGUGAUGAAGCCUCGGGUACUAGAAAGCCUACGAGCUCACCGCAUUUCUCAGAUUAGCACUGGUCUGUACCACACGAUUGCUGUCACUAACCGGGGAAGAAUUUUUGGUUUUGGAGAUAAUGAACGAGCGCAGCUUGGGCACGACACUCUAAGAGGAUCCCUUGAACCAACCGAAAUUUUUAUUCAAGAAGUGGAUGAAGAACUAAGUCAUGACUCAGAAGCUCCGUGACCUGCAGACGGCCCCGUAUCUGUUGGUUUGUAAACUUUGUAGGUAUGUAUGUUUUUCUGUAUCAUUGAUGAACGACGAAAUAUAUUGUUUCUUCCUUAAUUUAUCAUAAACUUGCAGCAGGGAAUUCUUGGUGAAAGUGACACGACACUAUUGUGUAAUAAGAUAAACUGAUUGUAACAAGUGAUCGUUGCUCUUUUAAUCUUUGUUUCUGCAUAUGAAAGUAGCAUUUCUGUGUU